GUGCCUAAUAAUGUUAAAAGCUCUCAGCGGCUAAGUUUAAUGAAUCGGCUGUACAUGUCAGCAGUCCCUUCGGCGCUUACAUACGAUGCUAGGGCAUGCCUUACGCACGCAUGUUCGGGCGGGGCUCAAUGGUCCUUAUCAUCACAACCUUCGCACUUGACAUUUGAUCUAUGCCUCGGUACCCACCAUGCUUGGUCAAGAAGACAAGUGGACCCUAUUGGCGAACCAUAUCCCCUUUGGCGCCUAUAGCGAUACCUCACAGGCGGCAUGCCUUGAUGGUACCCGCACGAAGCUACUUACGGACAUCAUGCAGCAUCUUGACCAGCGCUCUCGGAGCGUCAUAUGGCUUCACGGAGCGGUUGGAACCGGGAAGACGGCGGUAGCCCUCUCAAUCGUGGAGCGGCUGAAGGCUCAAGGGCGGCUGGCCGGCAGGUUUUUCUUCUCUCGGAAGGAUGCUAGGCGCCAAUCACUGAAUUCCGUCCUCCCUACCAUCGCCUACCAACUUGGUGUUGGACAUCCGCUUGCUCGGGGACAAAUCGUGACCGGUCUUAUGGACGAUCCUGGCUUACUAAGUCUGGAACGUUCGUAUUCGGAUCAUCUCCCCCCUUUCUUUGUCCAGCCCCUGAGGACCGUCAAACCUUCGUGGGAUGCGAACGCAGCGAAAGGAUUGACACGCUCUUUCGUCUUUGAUGGAAUCGAUGAAUGCUGCUCCCCGCACGAAUAUGAACAGGCCAUACACUUCUUCCAGUCCUU